AUGUCACUCACACCGCUCAGCUCUGCUGAGGUCUUGUCCUUCGUGCACGGUGACGCCGGCAUCCUGCUCUACGGCGGUGCGAAGCUGGUGGUGCGGCAUGCAGCCUUCUACACGCCCUUCCGGGGCUGGCAGAAUCUGGAUGGCGUGCCCACCUCGGAGAGGCCACCUUCCAUCACGGGGAUCAGGUUUGAAAGUGGAGGUGCGACUGUGGUGAUGGACAAUGUCAUCUGUGAGGGCCUGACAUACUGCCUGCGAGUGGAGAGCAAUGCGGCCGUAACCAUCACGAACAGCUUGUUCAUGGACAACUACCAAGCCAUCCGGGCAGUUCGGCACACGGUGACGGUGCAGAAUUCCGUGUUCUUCCGGAACCACGAGGGGGCCUUCAUGGAUUACGGCAAGAUCGAAGACUCUUUGUUCCUGUUGAACAGCAUUGGCGGCUACAGUCAACGCGUGCAGUUCAGAAACUGCAUGUUCGCCCAGAACAGCAAGGGCAUGCGAGGUCGCUGGCCUGACUUCGAAAACGUGCUCUUCUUUGAGAAUGACAUCGGAUACAUGAGCAACGAUGAUGGGCAAUCUGUCUACUCCAAUGUCACCUUUCUGGACAAUCGUAUCAGCAUGCAGCUCCUGGACGUGGCCGACAUCCGUUGGACGAACUUCCUCGGGACGGUGGAGUAUCACCUCCACUACACGGCAAGUGCCCUCUACAACCUGGAUGCAGGGUCCAUCUUCUGGAAUACAACCUCCACUGAUGUCGUGUCAUCCAAGAUCUACGACGCCCUGGAUGGGAGCGGCAAGGGCCUUGUUCGCCUGCUUACGGCCGAGUCCCUUCCCAUGAGACCUUUCCUGCAUGGCAUGUACUCGGACGGCGUAUGCGCAGGCCAAUGUGGGCAGAAGUGGUUCAAUGCCAACUGGUCCAGCUUGAUAGGUGCGGGCGCAGGCACUUUCGGCUACUUCGACACAGCUCGCGACCUGCGAAACGGCCAGGCUCUGCAAGAGGCACUGCUGAACGGCUACCGCCCUGACAGCAACAUGGAUUUGAGCAUGUACGUGCUUGACAUCGCAGACAUGCUGGGUGCCGUCUGGGCCUACCAGACCGUGGGCACGACGACAAGUCCCCUGCCCGGCACGAGCUCCACUGCCAGGACGACCACCACCACCACUACUACGACGGUGGCUGCGCACUUGCUGGUGGGCGCCAACACUAUCAUGACGGAGCCAGUCUGGCUGUUCCACGACACCGUCUGGGCUGCUUCUGACGGAAUCCGGGCCCUUGCCAAGCAGGUCACGAUCCUACCGGAUGUGACGCUUACCAUCGAGGGAGAUGAAAAUUCUACAGCAGUCGUCUUGUCCUUCGUGCACGGCGACGCCGGCAUCCUGCUCUACGGCGGUGCGAAGCUGGUGGUGCGGCAUGCAGCCUUCUACACGCCCUUCCGGGGCUGGCAGAAUCUGGAUGGCGUGCCCACCUCGGAGAGGCCACCUUCCAUCACGGGGAUCAGGUUUGAAAGUGGAGGUGCGACUGUGGUGAUGGACAAUGUCAUCUGUGAGGGCCUGACAUACUGCCUGCGAGUGGAGAGCAAUGCGGCCGUAACCAUCACGAACAGCUUGUUCAUGGACAACUACCAAGCCAUCCGGGCAGUUCGGCACACGGUGACGGUGCAGAAUUCCGUGUUCUUCCGGAACCACGAGGGGGCCUUCAUGGAUUACGGCAAGAUCGAAGACUCUUUGUUCCUGUUGAACAGCAUUGGCGGCUACAGUCAACGCGUGCAGUUCAGAAACUGCAUGUUCGCCCAGAACAGCAAGGGCAUGCGAGGUCGCUGGCCUGACUUCGAAAACGUGCUCUUCUUUGAGAAUGACAUCGGAUACAUGAGCAACGAUGAUGGGCAAUCUGUCUACUCCAAUGUCACCUUUCUGGACAAUCGUAUCAGCAUGCAGCUCCUGGACGUGGCCGACAUCCGUUGGACGAACUUCCUCGGGGCGGUGGAGUAUCACCUCCACUACACGGCAAGUGCCCUCUACAACCUGGAUGCAGGGUCCAUCUUCUGGAAUACAACCUCCACUGAUGUGGUGUCAUCCAAGAUCUACGACGCCCUGGAUGGGAGCGGCAAGGGCCUUGUUCGCCUGCUUGCGGCCGAGUCCAUUCCCAUGAGACCUUUCCUACAUGGCAUGUACUCGGACGGCAUAUGCGCAGGCCAAUGUGGGCAGAAGUGGUUCAAUGCCAACUGGUCCAGCUUGAUAGGUGCGGGCGCAGGCACUUUCGGCUACUUCGACACAGCUCGCGACCUGCGAAACGGCCAGGCUCUGCAAGAGGCACUGCUGAACGGCUACCGCCCUGACAGCAACAUGGAUUUGAGCAUGUACGUGCUUGACAUCGCAGACAUGCUGGGUGCCGUCUGGGCCUAUCAGACACUGGGCAUCAGCACCACCACCACAAGCCGCAUCUCCACCACCACGGCGAGCACCACGGUCACCAGCACGUCCGGGACUGCGACGAGCCGCCUCCUGGAGAGCGGUGUGAACGUCACGGAGCCCGUGUUCUUGCAGGCAGAUGUCAACUGGACGGCAGGGCUUCACACCCUGGGCAGCACCGUCGCGGUGAUGCCCGGGGCCACCCUCACCAUUCAGGGCGACCCCGACUUCCCUGCAGCCCCGGGCUCAGUGCUGAAAUAG